UCUGAACCUAAAGAGGAUAGAUUUUAACAGAGGGAGAGAUGAAAGUUUUUCCGGCAGUAUUGUUUCUGAUCACAUUUUGGAGUCUGGAGUGGGAGCCUGUGCUUCCCGAUUCAAUUAUUCACAUUGGGGCCAUUUUUGAUGAGUCUGCCAAAAAGGAUGAUGAGGUGUUCCGCAUGGCGGUGGCAGAUCUCAACCUCAACAACGAGAUCCUGGAGACAGAGAAGAUCACUGUGUCCGUGGAGUUUGUAGAUGGAAACAACCCUUUCCAAGCAGUGCAGGAAGCCUGCGAGUUGAUGAACAGAGGUAUCUUAGCCUUGGUCAGCUCUAUCGGCUGUAUGUCUGCGGUGUCGCUGCAGUCUUUAGCUGACGCAAUGCACAUCCCGCACCUCUUCAUCCAGAGGGCACCCACAGGCACUCCUCGCUCUAGCUGCCCGGCCACCAGUCGCGCCCAACCAGACGACUACACUCUCUUCGUCCGGCCUCCCGUCUACCUAAAUGAUGUCAUCUUCCAAGUGGUGAUGGAGUACACCUGGCAGAAGUUCAUUAUCUUCUACGACACUGACUAUGAUAUCCGGGGCAUAGAGAACUUCCUGGACCAGACGUCCCAGCAGGGGAUGGAUGUGUCUCUCCAGAAGGUGGAAUCCAAUAUUAACAUGAUGAUCACUGGAAUGUUCCGCACCAUGAGGGUGGAAGAGCUGCAUCGCUACAGGGACACACUGAGGCGUGCUGUGCUGUUCAUGAGCCCCGCCACAGCAAAGGCCUUCAUUACCGAGGUGGUGGAAACAAAUCUUGUGGCUUUUGACUGUCACUGGAUCAUCAUAAAUGAGGAGAUUUCAGACAUGGAUGUGCAGGAGCUGGUGAUGAAGUCUGUAGGUCGCCUGACCCUGGUGAGACAGGCCUUCCUUCUCCCGCAGAACACCAGCCAGCGCUGCGUCCGGAACAACCACCGCAUCAACACGUCCCUCUGCGACCCCAAAGACCCAAAGGCACAGAAGUUAGAGAUCACCAACCGCUACGUCUACGACACGGUGCUGCUGCUGGCCAACACUUUCCACAGGAAGCUGGAGGACAGGAAAUGGCACAGCAUGGCGAGUCUUUCGUGCAUCCGCAAGGGCUCCAAACCCUGGCAGGGUGGCAAGUCUAUGCUGGAUACCGUGAAGAAGGGAGGUGUAAGUGGUCUGACCAGAUUGCUGGAGUUUAAUGAUAAUGGCACUAACCCCAACAUCUACUUUGAGAUCCUGGGCACCAACUACGGAGAGGACCGCGGCCGUGGAGUCAGCCGGCUCGCCACUUGGGACCCCAUCCACGGACUGAACGGGACACUGACAGAUCGAAAGCUGGAGAACAACAUGCGCGGGGUGGUCCUACGGGUGGUCACUGUACUGGAAGAACCAUUUGUGAUGGUCUCAGAAAAUGUGCUUGGCAAACCUAAGCAGUACCAGGGUUUCUCAAUCGAUGUACUGGAUGCUCUGGCCAACUACCUUGGCUUCAAAUAUGAGAUCUACGUGGCCCCUGAUCACAAAUAUGGCAGCCAGCAGGCUGAUGGAACCUGGAAUGGUCUUAUAGGAGAACUGGUUUCUAAGAGAGCAGAUGUAGGUCUGUCAGCCCUGACCAUCACUCCUGAGCGGGAGAGCGUGGUAGACUUCACCACUCGCUACAUGGACUACUCCGUCGGUGUGUUGCUGAGGAAGGCGGAGAGGACGGUGGAUAUGUUUGCGUGCCUGGCCCCUUUCGACCUGUCUCUGUGGGCUUGUAUAGCCGGCACAGUGCUGCUGGUGGGCAUUCUGGUGUAUCUCCUCAACUGGUUGAACCCUCCCAGACUGCCGAUGGGUUCGGUCUCCUCCACGACCCUCUACAACUCCAUGUGGUUUGUCUACGGCUCCUUCGUUCAACAGGGUGGUGAGGUGCCCUACACGACUUUGGCUACAAGGAUGAUGAUGGGGGUUUGGUGGCUCUUUGCUCUGAUAGUCAUCUCCUCCUACACAGCAAAUCUGGCUGCUUUCCUCACCAUCUCCCGCAUCGAGAACUCCAUUCAGUCUCUGCAGGAUUUGGCUAAGCAGACAGACUUGCCGUACGGCACGGUUCUGGACUCGGCCGUCUACGACCAGGUCCGCAGUAAAGGCAUGAACCCUUUUGAGAGGGACCCAAUGUACUCGCAGAUGUGGAGGAUGAUCAACCGGACUGGAGGAGCCGAAAACAACGUGGAGGAAUCGAAAGAAGGCAUCCGGAAGGUGAAGUACGGGCGUUUUGCAUUUGUGUGGGAUGCAGCUGUGCUGGAGUAUGUGGCCAUUAACGACGAGGACUGCUCGCUCUACACCGUGAGCAACAAUGUGGCUGACAGGGGCUACGGCAUCGCGAUGCAGCAUGGCAGUCCCUACAGGGACAUCUUCUCUCAGAGGAUCCUGGAGCUUCAGCAGAAUGGAGACAUGGAUAUCCUGAAGCUGAAGUGGUGGCCGCGGGACAGUCCGUGUGACUUGUACUCUCCUGUGGGAACUCGAAAGAGUGGCAGCGCCUUGGACAUCCACAGCUUUGCUGGGGUCUUCUUUGUACUAGCAGCCGGUGUGGUGCUCUCCUGUCUUAUUGCCACUGUGGAGACCUGGUGGACGCGAAGGAAAGGCUCCAGAGUGCCGUCGAAGGAGACACAAGCAGACGGACCGUCUGUGAGGCAAGACGAGCCGUGUCAUGAGCCGCAGACUGACAUCAUGCUUACGCUCAGGCCUUCCUCCAAUCACCUGCCACCUGCAUGCUGCGCCACACCCCUCGACUCCAAGCUGAGGCACACGUUCGCCAUCCCGUCGCGAACUGUCUUCUGCCAGCACUGAGCUACACUCUUUCCACACUUCUCCAAGCAUCGUGCCCAUGUAGGUUAUGAAAUCGUCCCUGGCACCAAAUGCGCUACAAUACGUUUUUUUAUGGACUUCAGCAGUCGCACAUUUGCUGCUGAGUGAGAAUCCGGCAGGGUGCUACAAGAAAGGCCAUUACCAUUUAUUUCCAGAAACCUUGAGAUUUACAGUCACUUUGCUCAGGAAUGCAAUAAUACAGGCUAUUUUCAAAACCAAUCUUCAUUUUUGAUCUGAAACCAACAUUAGUGCCAAGCUGCAUAGAGACUAGGCAAAAUUGGCUAAAAGAAUACAGAAAUGACAGCGCAAACAGUUAUCUGAGCUGCGUAGCUUUGGAGUGGAGCAACCCAUAUAAAAAGCUUUUGCCCAGCAAGCUGGCAUUUGCAAAACUUGUUCAAUAUUUAUACUGGUGUUGCAUAGCCAGACUAAGUGCCUAAUUCAGUAUUCAAUUCCAGAAUCCUAAUACAGUCGAUGCAACAGGUAAGAUGACAUUUAAAGCAGUGGUUCUCAUUCAUGGGGGACA